AUGCCCUCUAUUGGGCAUCAUCGAAGUUAUUCAUUUGGUCAAAAAUCCAUUCAUUUUGGUCGAUGUGUUAAACAUCAAUUAAUUCGACGAUUUUCUUCUCUAACAUCACAAGUUCAUAAUAAAAAAAAACAAAAUGCUCUUUUACUUCUUCCACAAAUUCAUCAUAAUACUUUAAAUUUAAAUCGAUCUGCUCUAUCAGAAUCAUUACCAAAAGCAAAUGUUCGAACAGGUAUAAUGCUUACAACAUUUAAUCGUAAUCAAGAAUUAUCUUCAAUAAAAACUAUUCCUCGUGCACCGCCAUUACCAUCAAAUUUUAAUGAAAAAAUUUCAUCAGAAACAUUAAAAUCAACUGAUUUUUCUAAAGCAAUUAAAAAUCAUACAAGUUCAAUAACACCAUCCGGUACUGAUUUAUCACAAUCAAUGUUUAUUCGACCAAGUCAAAUCAAUGAAUCUUCAUCAAUUAUACAAAUGACAAAAUCGAAAAUCUAUUCAAAUCCUAUUGCUAAACCUAAUUUACGUAAUCGUCGUCGAACACCAUUAACACCUGAUGUACUUGCUUUAACAAAACUUCGUCGUCCUGAACAUAUUAAGUCAAGUAUAGCACAACGUAUUGAAGAAUUAAAACAAGCUUCAUUAAUGAAUAAUCAAAUAUCGGAUGCAAAAUCUUCGAUUAUUUCAACAGAAAAAAAUAAUGAUUUACUUAUAACAUGUGAAUAUAAAAAUAAUGAAACUGAACGUAAUUGGCUUAGACAACAAACACAAUUAAAUUCAUCAAUACAAUUUUUAAAUACAAAUAAUUAUUUACAACUUAAUAAUCGUUUAUUUAUUAUACGUUCCAUUGAAUUUAUUGAUAAUACAAAUUUACGUUUUUAUGCUCAAGAACAACAAUAUGAAGGAAAUUUUUUACUUAAAUAUUUUAAACAAAUAAAUAUAUUAACUAUUUUAAUUAUAAGCAUAUUACGUUUUAUUGAAAACAUUUUAUCAAAUUUAUCAAUACCAGGUAUACAAGUUAUAUUAAAUUUAAUCUAUGUUUUUAUUCUUAUUACUAUUGCAAUUAUUCUUUUAAUAAAUCAAAAAUAA